UAUUUCUGUGUGAUUGGUUUGGUUUUGCCUCCUAUUUCGAUAUGGUUUUGUUUUAUGAUCGGUUUGGUUUUGCCUCCUAUAUGAUUUUCGAGAGCGUGGCUUGGAUAUAAGGCUUUACCAAAUGGCCCAGUUAAAAAAUGGUGUGGUGUUUUAUGUGAUACCGAACUACAUGCUUCACGUUUUAUGGAAUGUCGAGAACAUGCUCUGUUGUUGUUCACUUAAACACAGCUAUGGAAACACCAAACUGUUCUUCUCCAAACUCUUAAUCUUCCCAAUUGUUCAACGUAUUCAUCUUGAUUUACCAAUUAAUGAUUUCGUCAUUUAACUCAGAAGGGAUGUAGACUUCUCCGUUUCCUUCACAGCACUUCUAUAAAUUGCAGAGGGUUGAAUCUUCAUAAUUUUUACCCCAAGCGUAGAUAGAUUCUUCAGAAAUCUUCCUCUUCUGAUGCCUACUGUUUUGCCAUCAGCCUUCGACGAUCUCCGGCUUGGUCAAUCGUCCCAAUUCAUUGUUGCUUGGCUUCUCUGUUUCUGGGACUCAGAUAAACAUCAAGAAGCAUGGUGAAUUCAUGGAAAUAACCCUACUACUCCUCGACAAAAGUGUGGUCUUUGUGAAGCCGGAGACAAAGCCCCAGACAUCUCCAUGCGCUGGACAAGGACAUCAUCAACUUCACGCGCUGCUGCCGGAGAAACAUCACGUGACACCACCAGAGAGUUGGAACCAUCACACGCCUUGGAGGAAGACAAUGAGGAGAUCCCGGAUAAAUGGUACGAGUCUGUUGAUAUUCCGUCAUUACGUUCCCUGGAUCGCUCCUUUGUGUUUUCUAGGGAGCAAAUUCAGAUCCUUGCAUGUUUAUCUGAGAGUAAAGGAGACAUAGUGGGUGCAGGUCUCUUUACAAGUUUAUAUUGUUGACUGCAAUUCGAGAAGCAUCAGGACAGGGACCAACUUUCUGAUCAUGAACACAAGGAUCCAUAUGGGAACCUUUUGAAGUGGUCGAUACCGCUGGAUAACAUUAUUUCUCAGCAACCCCGUUCUUUUACCACCUCAUAUAAGCUCUACCCUAGGUAUCAGCAGCAUUGCACACAAGCCAUCACUCUCUUCUGGCUCAGGAUCUCAGCUCUUCUCAUUCGGCCAUUUUAGAAGCUACUCCAUGUCAGCUCUGCCAAUGCCGAACACUGCACCAGUUAUUGGACCCGUAAAGGCUCAAAGCUCCAACCCAUCAUUUGAUCUUGAAGACUGGGACAGUUACGGAACGGUCACAAGUCUGGGACUGAAUAGCUCUUAUCUGUCCGGGGUGUCCCUUUGGAGCGGUAUAGAUUUUCUGUUCGGUGUGGACUUGAAGGUAUCUGCAUUCCUGGUAGAACAUGGAAGAGGAAACUUGAAAUAAUUAAUUUUGCAGGCUCAAUGUCAAGAAACAAAAGGAGGUAGUAGAGAACAAAACCAAGGGGAUACACAUAAAAUAAAGUGCUUCCACGAUAAUGUUCAAUCAGUAUCGUGUACGUUUCUAAAAUGUAUGGAUUACUUGGAAACAAAAAGAACGACUUUAGGAUUUAUUCAUGAUGUGGUUCAAUGUGCUAAUCUGUAAACAAGAGAAGUGAGUUAUUUUAAAA